GUUUGGUCCUCCGCGGCUUCCGUGCUGGAGCGGGUGCGGAAGAAGGUCCAGGUGCUGGGGUCGUGGAGCGUGGCCUGGGAACCUGGCUAGAGAUGGAGUUCGACUGCGAAAGUCUGAGACGGCUGCUCGGCAAGUACAAGUUCAGGGAUCUAACUGUGGAAGAACUGAAGAAUGUAAAUACAUUUUUCCCACAUUUCAGAUACUCCAUGGACACCUAUGUUUUUAAAGAUAGUUCCCAGAAAGAUCUGCUGAAUUUUACUGGCACUAUUCCUGUGAUGUAUCAGGGUAAUACGUAUAACAUACCAAUUCGCUUCUGGAUUUUGGAUUCUCACCCUUUUGCUCCCCCAAUUUGCUUCUUGAAGCCAACUGCAAAUAUGGGAAUCUCAGUUGGAAAGCAUGUGGAUGCCCAAGGCAGAAUAUACUUACCCUAUCUGCAGAGCUGGAGCCAUCCUAAAUCUGUCAUUGUUGGAUUAAUUAAAGAAAUGAUUGCCAAGUUUCAAGAGGAACUUCCCUUGUAUUCUCUGCCGUCAUCUGAUGAGGCUCGGCAGGCGGACUUGCUAGCUUAUAUUGCAAAAAUCACGGAAGGUGUCUCAGACAUGAAUUCAAAGAGCUGGACAAACCAUGAGAAUAAAACAGUCAAUAAAAUCACUGUGGUUGGAAGUGGAGAGUUGGGUAUUGCCUGCACGUUAGCACUUUCAGCAAAGGGUAUUGCAGACAGACUGGUGCUCUUAGACCCCUCAGAAGGAACUAAAGGAGGAACAAUGGACCUUGACAUCUUCAACCUGCCUAAUGUGGAGAUUAGCAAAGAUUUGUCUGCCUCUGCUCAUUCCAAGGUGGUGAUCCUCACAGUGAACUCCUUGGGUAGUUCUCAGUCCUACCUCGAUGUGGUGCAAAGCAACGUGGAUAUGUUCAGAGCUCUUGUGCCAGCUCUGGGGCACUAUAGUCAACACAGUGUCCUGCUCGUUGCGUCUCAACCAGUGGAAAUCAUGGCAUAUGUGACAUGGAAACUGAGUGCAUUUCCUGCAAAUCGAGUGAUUGGAAUUGGCUGCAAUCUGGAUUCACAGAGGUUACAGUAUAUUAUUACAAACGUUUUGAAAGCACAGACUUCAGGCAAAGAAGUGUGGGUUAUUGGUGAGCAGGGAGAAAACAAAGUGCCCAUGUGGAGUGGCCAAGAAGUAAUGAGUCCUAACUCUCAGGUGCAACUGUCCAACAGAGCCAUGGAACUCUUAAGGGUGAAAGGUCAAAGAUCCUGGUCUGUGGGACUGUCAGUGGCUGACCUGGUUGAUAGUAUUGUAAGGGAUAAAAAGAAAGUGCAUUCUGUAUCAAUUUUGGCAAAGGGAUAUUAUAAUAUAAAUAAUGAUGUAUUUUUAAGUUUGCCCUGCACCCUUGGAACCAAUGGAGUAUCUGAAGUCAUUAAAACCACAAUGACAGAAGACAUGGUGACUGAAAAACUCAGGAACAGCGCGUCUUCAAUCCAUGAUCUCCAACAACAGUUAAAAUUUUGAUUCUCAAGUGCUGUUAACUGUAAGGGAAGCCCAUGUAAUUUUGCUAACACAUUGACAACAGGUUUGAGAACAUGUGUAUCUCACCACUUAUCCUUACAAACUGCUUGGUUAAGGUAGACGGUUUUUUGAAUAGCUUUGUAAUUUGAAUCCUUAAGGAGUCAAAUAAGGACCGGGGGAAAAAUCUAACUUUCUUUGGGGUUCUUGAGAUAAUCUUCCAUUCUGUAAACCUGCAGCAGGGAUGAACACUCAUCUGCAGUGUGCAUGAUUUUAAAUUGUAUAUCCUAAACUCAAAGCACGUCUAGCACUUUGGAAGUAUUUUGAAAGUAAUACAUUUUUAAAAAAAGAUUGUUCUUUGGCAUUUAUAAUAAACAUGGUAAGCUGAA